AUUACCGCCAGCCAUGAUUGCGUGGAGUUGUUCCCGCUGGCUUUGGCGCCACUGCGGUCUGCACACGGCCACACGAAAAGUUGCGGUCAAGCACUCACGCCCUUCAUUGCUUCAAGGCAUUCUUCCAAAUCUUCACAUUUGAGACUCCGGGGCUUCCAUUGCCUCAGGUUGCCAGCAGCGAGCACCUUUCUGACCAAUUGUUAGGGAGGAGCAAAGCAGCCACCUUCAGCAUACAGUUGUACGUACGAAGUUAAAGGAAGGAGACUAACAGGAAGCCGAGGGGGACUAGCUAACUCUCUCAGCACGUCAAGUCAGGAUGUAUGUGAUCAAGCGUGAUGGCCGCAAGGAGGCGGUCCACUUUGACAAGAUCACUGCGAGGAUCAGAAAGCUGAGCUAUGGGCUGAAUCCCGAGCACUGCGAGCCGGUGCUGGUGGCGCAGAAGGUGACCACCGGCGUGUACACGGGCGUCACUACCAGCGAGCUGGACGAGCUGGCGGCGGAGACAGCGGCGUCCAUGACUGCAAAGCAUCCGGACUAUGCACAGCUGGCAGCGCGGAUUGCUGUGUCCAACUUGCACAAGAACACAAAGAAGUCCUUCUCAGAUACGAUCAAAGAUAUGUACUAUCACGUCAACAACCGUUCCGGCCUGAAAGCGCCGCUUAUUGCAGACGACGUUUUUGAGGUCAUCAUGAAGAACAAGGAGCGUCUGGACAGCGUCAUCAUCUACGACCGCGACUUUGAGUACGACUACUUCGGUUUCAAGACUCUGGAGCGCUCGUACCUGCUCAAAGUGAAUGGCAAGGUUGUAGAGCGACCGCAGCACAUGCUCAUGCGUGUGGCUGUCGGCAUUCACAAGCAGGACAUUGAGGCGGCCAUCAGGACGUACCACCUCAUGUCAGAAAGAUGGUACACCCACGCCUCCCCCACCCUCUUCAACGCCGGCACCCCUCGGCCGCAGCUCAGCAGCUGCUUCCUGGUGUGCAUGAAGGAGGACAGCAUCGAGGGCAUCUACGACACCCUCAAGGAGUGUGCGGGCAUCAGCAAGAGCGCAGGCGGCAUCGGACUGUCCAUCCACAACAUCCGCGCCACCAGCAGCUACAUCCGCGGCACAAACGGCACAUCCAAUGGCAUCGUCCCAAUGCUCAGAGUCUUCAAUGACACUGCCAGAUAUGUUGAUCAGGGAGGCGGCAAAAGGAAAGGUGCGUUUGCCAUUUAUCUGGAACCGUGGCAUGCGGACAUCUUUGAGUGGCUAGACUUGCGCAAGAACCACGGCAAGGAGGAGGUGCGAGCGCGCGACCUGUUCUACGGCCUCUGGGUGAACGACCUGUUCAUGAAGCGCGUGGAGGAGAACGGCAAGUGGUCCCUCUUCUGCCCCAACGAGGCACAGGGCCUGGCGGAGGUGUGGGGGGACAAGUUUGAGGAGCUGUACAUCAGCUACGAGAAGGAGGGCAAGGCCAAGAAGGUGGUGGAAGCUCAAAAGCUGUGGUUUGCCAUUCUCGAGGCUCAGAUAGAGACAGGGAACCCAUACAUGUUGUACAAGGACGCAUGCAACCGCAAGAGCAACCAGCAGAACCUGGGCACCAUCAAGUGCUCCAACCUGUGCACCGAGAUCGUAGAGUACACCAGCCCUGAGGAGACGGCUGUCUGCAACCUGGCCUCCAUUGCGCUGCCCCGCUUUGUGCGCGAGCAGGGCGUCCCCCUGGAGGGCCACACCAAGAAGCUGGUGGGCAGCAUCGGCAGCGAAAAGCGCUACUUCGACUUCGACAAGCUCGUCGAGGUGACGGAGCAGGCGACGCGCUCCUUGAACCGCAUCAUCGACGUGAACUACUACCCUGCGGAGACUGCUCGGCGGUCCAACAUGCGGCACCGGCCCAUCGGCAUCGGCGUGCAGGGGCUGGCCGACACGUUCAUCCUGCUGGGGAUGGCCUUCGACUCACCGGAGGCGCAGCAGCUCAACAAGGACGUCUUCGAGACCAUCUACUACGCCGCGCUGCGCACCUCCUGCCAGCUCGCCAAGGAGGAGGGGCCCUACGAAACCUACGCUGGCUGCCCCGUUAGCAAGGGCGUGAUCCAGCCGGACAUGUGGGGCGUGUCCCUGUCCGGCCGCUGGGACUGGGCGGCCCUGCGGCAACAGAUCGCGGAGCACGGCGUGCGCAACUCGCUGCUGUGCGCACCCAUGCCCACCGCGUCCACCAGCCAGAUCCUGGGGAACAACGAAUGCUUCGAGCCCUACACUUCCAACAUCUACGCCAGGAGGGUGCUCAGCGGCGAGUUCACGGUGGUGAACAAGCACCUGAUGAGCGACCUGGUGGAGCUGGGCCUGUGGACGCCCGUCCUCAAGAACGAGCUCAUCCACUAUAACGGCUCCGUGCAGCGCGCCGACAUCAUCCCGGACAACCUCAAAAAUAUCUACAAGACGGUGUGGGAGAUCAAGCAGCGCACGAUCGUGGACAUGGCGGCGGACCGUGGCGCGUUCAUCGACCAGAGCCAGAGCCUGAACAUCCACUUAGAGAACCCCAACUUCGGCAAGCUCACCAGCCUGCACUUCUACACCUGGAGAAAGGGCAUGAAGACGGGCAUGUACUAUUUGCGCACGCGCGCGGCUGCGGACGCCAUCCAGUUCACGGUGGACAAGUCGAGCUUCGCCAAGGCGGGCCCCCUCCCCAAGCCCCUGUCUAUCAGCCCCAGCCCCAGCCCCGCCCCGGCCCCCGAGGCCGCCCUGCGCCCCAGCGCCGACGAGCUGGAGGCUGAGAAGGAGGCGCAGAUGGCCGCCAUGGUGUGCAGCCUAGAGAACAAAGACGCGUGCAUCUCGUGCGGGAGCUAGGGCGGCAGCAGUCGCGAGAGAGAGGAUCCGCGAAGGAGGCUUUGCGAUUGCCUCUGGAUGCUUGAUCACCAGGUGACCGAGGUAGAAUAGGUGGCGUAAUUAAUAGCAGGUCUUGCUUGAUCGGUUCUUCAAACAUAGGAAGACAACCACAAAACAUUGAUCCUUGUACAGUAUUGAAAUCCAAUUGGAGUACGCGUCCGGAGCUGUGCGCAACUGCGACCUCCUGUCCUGGAACGCAUUAUGAC